ACUUCAGAAACAACAAUGAUGAACAAGGGAUUUUGGGGAAUUAUAUUCCCUUUUCUCUUCCAGCUUUCCACAUCUAUAUCAAGGCGCUACACAGCUAAAAUAGACUUAGACGAUAAGAUACUCCAGGAAAACCUAUUGGCUGAAUAUGAAGCUUAUUCACUGAUUAUGUGCUCAGCAAUGUGUGGUCUAGGAUGUACUUACUUUGGUUUCAAUUCUCAAAGACAGAAAUGCCGAGUUCACACCGGAUGUCAUUCAACUAAUUCAGCAGGACCGGAAGGAGGAUGGAGAUACUUUAUUCCGGACACGGAAGUUUUAAAGAACAUUCGUCCUAUGGACUGUAAAAGUCUGCUUGCUGACGGUUUUACUGCGUCCUGUCUUUAUACGAUAUAUCCCUGGUACAACCGUUCAGUUGAUGUUUACUGUGAUAUGGAUAUAAAAGAUGGAGGUUGGACAGUUAUACAGAGGCGUAUUGACGGAUCAACGGAUUUCAACAGAACUUGGAAUGAAUACAAAGAAGGCUUUGGUUCUGUACAUUCGUCUUAUUGGAUAGGAAAUGACGUCAUCCAUCAACUAACUAAGAACAAAUCUUCUCUGUACGUGUCCAUUACUUUUACUAAUGGAACCACUCUAUAUCAACAGUACGGGGAAUUCUCUGUAAACAACGAGGAAGAUAAAUACAGACUUUACCUUGCUGGACCAACGGAAGGGACCUUAGGAGACAGUAUGUUAGACUCGGGGAGUACUGGUGGAGAUCUGUCUGGGAUGUACUUCUCCACAAAAGACAGGGAUAACGACAGAUGGAGUGGAUAUCACUGCGCCAUUGGUUUCGGAGGAGGAGGCUGGUGGUUCCACGCCUGCUGUCACGCCUUCCUUAACGGUGCCUGGUCUUCUACUUCCUGGAAUAAUCCUUGGUACCCGCUUGUUAGCUUAGGCACAGGUGUAAAGAAGACCCUCAUGAUGAUAAAACCACACUGA